AUGGACAGCGGGAAUGGAUUACUGGAAGUGGAGCAAGUCCAACCAGUGCCUUCUCAGCUAUGGCGAGCGUACGCUAGCAAAGCACUCAGUCUUGCAUUCAAGAACCGACUACGCUUUGGCAGAGGACCAAUUGUUGCAUUCCAGGUUGCGAUAAGCAAUUGUUGUGAGCUGGGUGUCGAGUUUGACGAAGCCGAGCUUCUGGCAUGGGCAUAUACUGCUGCCAAAAGUGGCCACAACCAUGCUAUGUGGAUGGCGCCCUUGCUUGAAGACUCCUGCGUGUCGUCGAAAUAUAAGGACGAGGGCUUUCGCAAGGCUUGCUUGGUAAUCGGGGCUUGCAUCGGCUCAAUUCCCUCGCUCCUGGCUCUUGAACGGACUGACCAAACCCUAUAUGAUUCGACUCUCACGGCCAUAAGAUCGAGAAGACGGCCUGACUUCGAGCGUGACAGCCCAAACACAUUCGAGCUUUUCGAUCGGUUUUCAGUAGCACCCUCCUUGACGUUGUCGACUUGCAGUCUUAUCGAUGCCCUAGGCUCCCACAAUGUCGAACAAGCCAGAAGGAUCCUAAAGACGAGCUCCACAGACGUGACAAAUAUGACGGACGAGCGUGGUCGCAAUAUCUUUCAUAUGCUGACCUACUUGAGAGAUGGAGACACUGAAGGUCUUGUGCAAUUAGCUGAUGUACAAGGCGCUUCUUUGGAACAGGUGGCCGCCGGUUGCGAGUCGACACACAACUUCUUAUACAACGGACAAGUCAGUGGCACACCAAUGUAUUGGGCAGCUCUCAAAGGCAUGUCAUGUCUUGUCCAACAGCUACUGGUACUCCAUGAGAAAAGCGGAACCGCCGUCGAGGGCUUCGACGAAAUAAUCUUCAGCGUAGCUUUCUUGCAUCACUCUGAAGUGCUUCGACUCAUCAUAUCGCAACUCGAACGUACUCCCCAUUUGAUGGUCAAUCGAAGUCCAUACCAGGAUAGCCAGCAGUUGAUACAAGCAUUGCUUGGUGCAGCUUUGACAUCGGCGACCAAUCUCCCCCUCUCACGUCGCAUGCUUCAUGGCGUAGACUUCGCUACGGCACGAUCAUGCACCUUGAACUUAUUGCUGGAUGCAGGUGCAAACCCUCUAUUCCUUUGUCAAGGCCUGACAGACACCGUCUUCGAAGAGAUUGACUACGAUGCCUUGUCUUUUGCGAUCGCGAACAAGGAUCAUGCUUCUCUAGCGUUACUUCUGAAUAGAGUACGAGUAUCAAUCGAUCGGUCCCAAGUACAAGAAGCAAUGGACGGCAAAAUACAGUUCUGUGUAACACAGAACUCAUUGAGCUGUCUUCGAGUGCUUCUGGAAAUCUUCCCGGAGAUCGCCAACCCUCCCGUAGCGAGUUUUGGUUUUUCGCAGAUACCGACACCUUUGAAUAUGGCUGCAAGGCAUGCGAGACCAGAAUUUGCCCUUGCGUUACUCGAAGCGGGUGCCGACAUUACUGUAUGGCACAAAGGCUUCUCCCCGCUGGCUCGUGCUUUAGUCGAUGGCCAUUUAGACACUGCAGACGUCAUUUACAAGUUUUGUUCUGAAGACGAUAUCAAAAGGAUAUUCGAUUAUAAUAAAACCAGUGGCGCCACUAUGUCAGGGAGACUGAUGGCGAUUUGGCGCAAAGGACGAAAUCUGGGAAAAGGUCUCAUUGGUGCGAUGAAAUGGUUGCACAACAAAGGCGGCGCGUACUUCAAUUGCUAUAAAGAUGAACAACGCCCUAUUUGGGAAGAAAUCUUAUUUCGCAGGGCCUCGUCUUCUGCGGAACAAGCCAGCCUCGACAAUCUUAUGCUCGAAACAUUGUUCGACAUGUUUCCGCAAGAACUUCAUCGAGCGGACGCCAACGGACUUUUCCCGAUUCAUCGAGCAACUAUGAACGGACAUCGUCAUGCCGUAGAAUCGUUGCUCGGUCGCUCCGUCGACAUCAACGUUGAAAGUGUCGGCUCGUAUCAUGACACAGCUCCUGUCCCAAGCGGUCUUACUGCUCUUUCUCUCGCUAUCCAACGGCUACACACAGAGGCGCCUUUCGAUAUCCAGAAGGGUGGAAAGGUCGAAGUACGACGAUGGCGUGAGACUAUGAGAGAUAUACUAGACUUCUUAUUAAGUAGAGGAGCUACCGUCGGAGAACAUCCCAGCAGUAUUGACUUCCAUCGUUCUCUCCAGUACACAGUGCCGAACGUUCAUGUCAGUACUCCAAAUGAACUGGACGAGGACGAUGAGCUUGAGUGGGGUGAGGAUGUAUGGCCAAAACGGCUGCCUAGCGACGAAACCAGCUCACAAGCAGCCCAAGAACAAGGUGGAAGGCUUAUCUCUCCAAUGAUGAAGAGCGCGAUGAGAACUAUGCUCGCUCCCAUCAACUCAUCUAGACAAGAUCCACAGGAACUGUUGAGCGAUGAGGAAAAGGAGAACUUCGCUCAGUACAAAAGUUGGCUGCUCACGAGAGCAAAGAUUAGAACGGCUGCCUACCAACAAAGAAGCCAUGACUGGAACACAGUUGGUCGCAAUGAUCAAACAGACGGUUCGAGCUCUUGGUCUCCAGAUUGGACGCGAUGGCACACGUUAUCUUCCACACGGACAGCGUUCUACCCCCUUGCGGUCGGUAUGACGGAGAAUGAUACAUCUCAGGUCAGUCACACGCAAAUUUUGGGCUUGCUAUACAACUAA